AUGGAUGACUCCCAUGCAAAAACGGUGGAAGAAGUACUCCGGUACUUAAACGCUGAUGAAAAUCUCGGCCUGGACGACGAACAAGUUAAAAGAAACCAAGCUAAAUAUGGCCCAAACGAGCUGCCAGCUGAAGAGGGAAAAACAAUAUGGGAGUUGAUCUUUGAGCAGUUUGAUGAUCUUUUGGUGAAGAUUCUUUUAUCUGCAGCCAUUAUUUCGUUUGUUUUGGCCUGGUUUGAAGAAUCGGAAGAACAACUGACUGCCUUUGUAGAACCUUUUGUAAUUUUGCUCAUUCUUAUCGCUAAUGCAGUUGUUGGUGUCUGGCAGGAGCGGAACGCUGAAGAUGCCAUCGAAGCCCUAAAAGAAUACGAACCGGAAAUAGCGAAGGUCAUUCGAAAAAACCACAGGGGUGUGCAGAGAAUUAAGGCUCGUGAACUUGUGCCUGGAGAUAUCGUCGACGUUUCUGUUGGAGACAAGGUACCAGCAGAUGUGCGCAUCAUCAAAGUCCUUUCUACCACCCUGCGUGUUGACCAAGCUAUCCUUACUGGUGAGAGCGUUUCAGUCUUAAAGCAUUCAGAUGCUAUCCCCGACCCACGAGCUGUCAAUCAGGAUAAAAAGAACAUACUCUUCUCUGGAACGAACAUUGCAGCUGGAAAAUGUAGAGGUGUUGUCAUCGGGACUGGCUUGAAUACUGAAAUUGGUAAAAUCAGAACUGAGAUGUCAGAAACGGAAUCUGAGAAAACUCCUCUGCAACAAAAGCUUGAUGAAUUUGGCCAGCAAUUGUCCAAAGUGAUAUCGCUGGUGUGCAUAGCGGUGUGGGCCAUCAACAUUGGCCACUUCAAUGAUCCCGCCCACGGAGGCUCAUGGCUGAAGGGUGCAGUUUACUACUUCAAGAUCGCUGUGGCUCUUGCAGUCGCUGCCAUCCCCGAAGGUCUGCCUGCCGUCAUCACGACCUGCCUCGCUCUGGGAACUCGUAGAAUGGCCAAGAAGAACGCCAUUGUUAGAAGCCUGCCCUCCGUCGAAACGCUAGGAUGCACAUCCGUCAUUUGCUCUGAUAAGACCGGAACUCUCACAACCAAUCAGAUGUCUGUUUGCAGAUUGUUCAUCUUCAACAAGACUUCGGAGAAUCAGUUUGGAACAGUUCAGUUUGAUGUUACAGGGUCGACAUACGCGCCUGAAGGAGAAUUGUACCAGGCAGGCAAGCCGGCGAGGGCCUGCGAUUAUGAUGGUCUCGUUGAGUUGGCCACCAUCUGCUCUCUCUGCAACGAUUCCAGUGUCGAUUUCAACGAGUCGAAAGGAAUGUUUGAGAAGGUUGGUGAGGCCACUGAAACCGCUCUGACAGUUCUCGUUGAGAAGUUGAACCCGUACAACUUGGACAAAUCAGGUUUGAAACAAAAGGAGCUGGGAACUUACUGCAACCAGAACAUCCAGGCCAUGUGGAAGAAGGAGUUCACGCUUGAAUUCUCGAGAGACAGAAAGUCCAUGAGUUCAUUCUGCACUCCUAUCAAAGCUACCAAACUAUCUGCUGGUCCCAAACAAUUUAUCAAGGGAGCUCCAGAAGGAUUGCUUGAUAGGUGCAACUUUGUGAGAGUUGGCACUGAGAAAGUCGCCAUGACUCCUCAGUUGAAGGCUGAAAUCAUCAAACACGUCAGAUACUAUGGAACAGGUUUAGAUACGUUGAGAUGUUUGGCGCUGGCUACCAUUGAUUCUCCACUGAAGAGAGAGGAGAUGAAUUUGGAAGAUUCAACAAAAUUCGUGAAAUAUGAGACGAACUGCACAUUUGUCGGAGUGGUUGGGAUGUUGGACCCUCCAAGGAAGGAGGUUAUUGAGGCAAUCAAGAACUGCAGGCUGGCUGGCAUUCGCGUCAUCGUCAUCACUGGAGACAACAAGGCCACAGCAGAAGCAAUCUGUCGUCGUAUUGGGGUGUUCAGUGAGACGGAGAAGACAGAAUACAAAUCGUUCACGGGUCGCGAGUUUGAUGACCUCACUCCACUGGAUCAGGCCAGAGCAGUGAGGGGCGCCAGGCUGUUUGCAAGAGUGGAACCUGCACACAAGAGCAAAAUUGUCGAGUACUUACAAGCUGAUGGGGAAAUAUCCGCCAUGACGGGAGAUGGUGUAAAUGACGCACCAGCUCUGAAGAAAGCGGAAAUAGGAAUUGCCAUGGGAUCAGGCACGGCUGUUGCCAAGUCAGCUUCUGAGAUGGUUUUGGCAGACGAUAACUUCUCAACCAUCGUGGCAGCCGUUGAGGAAGGUCGUGCCAUAUACAACAACAUGAAGCAGUUCAUUCGUUACUUGAUCUCAUCGAACAUCGGAGAGGUGGUAUGCAUCUUCUUGACGGCUGCUCUGGGCAUGCCUGAGGCUCUCAUCCCAGUUCAACUACUCUGGGUCAACCUGGUCACCGACGGACUGCCGGCUACUGCUCUCGGUUUCAAUCCUCCAGACCUGGACAUCAUGAAGAAACCUCCUAGGUCGGCCAAAGAGCCUCUGAUCAGCAACUGGCUGUUCUUCAGGUACAUGGCUAUUGGUGGUUACGUCGGUGCAGCCACUGUCGGAGCUUCUGCUUGGUGGUUCACCUUCUACGACAAGGGGCCUCAACUGAACUUUUAUCAGAUGACACAUCACAUGCAGUGCCCUGCUGAACCUCGCAUGUUCCCUGGAAUCGAUUGCGACAUCUUUGAAAAUCCCAAGCCCAAAACCAUGGCACUGUCAGUGCUCGUUGUCAUCGAGAUAUUCAACGCACUCAACAGUAUUUCAGAGAAUCAAUCGUUACUGGUCAUGCCUCCCUGGUGCAAUCUCUGGCUCAUGGGCGCCAUCGUUCUUUCUAUGAGCUUGCAUUUUGUUAUCCUAGAAGUCGAUUUCCUCUCGACCGUCUUCCAGAUAACGCCCCUGACAUUUGAGGAGUGGAUAGCUGUGCUCAAAAUAUCCUUCCCCGUCAUCUUAAUCGAUGAAGUUCUCAAACUGAUCGCCAGGAAAUUCACUGAUGUUGCCGUGGCAGUCGAUCCCAUGGCUGUGGACAAGAUGUACGAGAGAAGAAGAACCCUGUACUAAAAAUAUUUUCUGCAACGUCAUAAUUAAUUUUUUUAAUUAUUAAUUCAUUUCAUUAAGACAUAAAUUUGUGAAAUUUUUUAAAUUAACGCGAUGAUUAUGAUGAUGAUAUUGUUUUUAUUCUUUCUAGAUUUUGUGGGAUUUCAUAAUUUUUACCGUUUUUAUUUCAUUCUUACAGUUUCUUUUUAGGAUUUGUUUUGUAAAGUUAGUUCUUGAAAUGGUUGUUAACUGGUUGUAGAUAGCAGCGCAUCGCUAAUCUCAUCUCCUACUCUCACAUUUGAUAUUCUCAUGUUUGAUAUUAUUUUUAUUUAUUUAUUAUUUUCUACUUUUAUUUUCUUAUCUGGAGAAGCAAUGUGUGAAAAUUUG